AACAUUUUAAUCUUAUCUCUUCUUCUUUUAUUUCUUGAAAUUAGCUUUCACUAUCUUCUUAAUAGACGAGUACUACAUUAGUAUUUUCGAUGUUGGUAAAAACAGCAACUGCACCCGGACGAGCACCCAAAUUUUCUGGUUGAUUCCUCUAAUGGAUACACUACAGAACCCAAUUCAAUCAAAACCCUAAUUUCCCCAAAUUUUCAUCAACACUCUCUUCCCAGAUCAACCUCUCCUGGUUAUGACUUUUCUAGUGACAGAUGAGAAUUGUCCAACUUACUGUUAUCAGGUCUCGGGAGGGGAAUUGAGAAUACAUCCAUUUCAGGUGUUCUCUAUGAGGUAAGACAAGUUGGAUGAUGGCAGACUUACCAGGUUAUUUGCGCAACUGCUUGCAUACUGGAAAACUUGCACUUCUGGCAAUUUUAGUUUCGGGAGGGAUUGUAUUGCAAAUCUUGGCAUGUGCUUUGUACAAUAAUUGGUGGCCAAUGCUAACUGUAAUAAUGUAUGUGCUUCUGCCAAUGCCUGUGCUAUUCUUUGCGAGCUCUGAUCGUUCUUCUCUUUUAUCUGAAUCUGACAAUGGUUGGGUCAAUGCAACAAAGUUCUUGACUGGAGCUUCUGCAGUUGGAAGCAUUGCAAUACCAGCUAUCCUAAAGCAUGCUGGUGUUAUUGGUUGGGGCGCACUGGCAAUGGAACUCUCAUCUUAUUUUAUAUUCGUAUUAGCCAUUAUGUGUUAUAUCCGAAUGGAUGAUAAUGAUGAUUACAGUUUCCUCUGAAAAAUGACUUAUCUGCAAUCAUGUCAAAUACUGUAAAAGGUAGUUCAAACGAGGCUAUGCCUUUCCCUGUUUUGAUGGGCCUUAUUUCCAUAAUUCCAUGUUUGUUCUUGUUGAGUGAUUGGGUGAUUUAUUCUUUUUUUGGGGCCAUGUAAUGAGUGCCAAUGUGCCAAUAUUGGUUAUGAACAAUUGUUGCAUUGAAAUUGAAAAACCUCUUUUAUAAGA